UGGAUGCCUCGGAAGGCAGGAAUGGGAACUUCGUCGAGGGCAAAUAGUGAGACAUUUCUAUCUUGUCAAGUAGAGACGUAACGGAGAGGUCGUGCUGCCUUUCGAGGGUCGCUAGGAUUCGUUCGCGAGUCAAAAUGGCUGAGUAUAACCGAGUGUUUGAUGAGUGAAGUGGAGCUAGCCUUAGCUUAGCUCGUAGCCUUCCAGGGCCCAUUGCCUUCGAUUUUGCUUCUCGGCUCAGCUCGGGACUGUGUUGUCAGUUUCACAAUCUCAGCCACUGCCGUCCUCGGGUCGCGAUUUCUGUGUAGGCCUGCCUAGUUGCAGUCAGGGCUGAAAUUGAGAUAACUGUCCGUUUUCAACGCUUGUUGUUAUUCCCCACAGGAUUUAACCUCGCAUGUUACAAAAAGGACGGUGACACAUUUUGAAAAAAGGACUUAGACCCAGGUUUUGUGCAAUGCAUUGGACGGAUGCCUAGGAAUUAAUGCGAGUGCACUUGGUGUUUGCCUUGUGAGGACAGACCUGCCACCAUGAAGAGUGAGGUGCCAUCUGAGGCCGCCAGCAGACAGGAGCAUCUGAAGGAGCCACUGGUGAACCCAGAGCCCAUGGAGGCAGCCAAGAGCUUCCCUAACAACAUGGAGGUGAUUGGAAAGGCUGGUAGCGACUUUGAAACCCUGUGUGAGCCCAGGCAUCGGCCCUUGAGGGACACGGGGACACACAGAGACUCAGAACGGAGCCUCCCCGGGCGCAGAAAAAGAAAAGGCCAACAGGCAGGGCCGUCAGACUGCUCGUUGAAAGAGGGCCACAUCAGUGAGAGUUCACUGGCACCUCAGCGCCCCAGAGUAGAACUUUUACAGCACCCCAGUGAGGAUGAACAUAAUCAUGAGUCCUCUUUUAGUGACUGUGCUUCCUCCCCUUCAUCGAGUCUGCGAUUCGGGGAUUCGGACACUCUCAGUUCAGAGGACGAUGGGGAAGCUGGAGCAACAGGGGGCCAACACAAGGCUCCUGCCCUGACAACAGGAGGGGCCACUGGAGUUGGCCUGCGCCCUGUUCUGGGUCGAACUCGGGGGAACCGCUCUCAUAAGUGGGUGCGGUCUGAGACUGAGCCUGUGCUGCUGAAGCGGCCGUGUCUGAGCAGCCGACGGCCUCUGCAUAGGAAACGCUUUGUGAAAACAGCUCCUGGAGGAGGUCAACGGACGCAGAAGCAAAAGGAGCGACUACUACUGCAGAGGAAGAAACGUGAAGUGAUUGCACGUAGGAAGUAUGCUCUACUCCACAGCACCAGUAGUUCGAGUGAUGAGCUGAGCAGUGACUCUUCCUCCCCCUCUUCUACCGAAGCAGAGGACGAGCUGUAUGUAGAUGUCAGCAGCACCAGCAGUCAGCCCAACAGUGCUGCUGUAGCCACAGGUGCUCUGGACGAGGAUGUGGUGGUGAUCGAGGCAUCUCCAGCUCCGGCUCCUGCUGUCCCUGCGAGCGAGGAGAUCAAUGUCACGUCGACAGACAGCGAAGUAGAGAUCGUCACAGUCGGAGAUGGAUUCAGGUCACGCUCAGUGGGUGGUCUUGGCAGGAUUUGGGCUAAUAGUUGCUCCCAGAAUCGUCUCCAGGAGCCACGUGGACGUCACAGACUCUCCACUGUCAUCCAACCACUGCGUCAGAAUGCUGGGGAGGUGGUGGACCUCACCGUCGAUGAAGACGAUCUCUCAGUUGUGCCAACAACCUCUGGCAGCAUUCACCCUCAAACAGUCAGGUCGUCCUCGUCAUCAUCUUCCCAUCAUGCCUCUACCUCAGAGCUCAAUGAUGCCCCAGGCCCUUCCACUAGCUGCUCAGGUUCAAUACCUGAAAGUAUGCACACACAGAGGCCAAGUGGCUCUGCUCGCACAGCCACAGAGGAUGACAACAGACCAGGUUUGUCAGGUACAGCGGGAGAAAACGCAGGCACAGCCAUGCCCAGACUCCCAUCCUGCUGUCAGCAGCACUCCCCGUGUGGAGGCCCCUCUCCUGGUCACCUGUCCCUGAGCCACUCCCAUUCAAGCUGUUUGCAGGCGUCAUCUUCUCAGCAGACCAGCGGCUCUCAGCACAGCCACAGCCACAGCAACGCUCACCACUUUCUCCACCAUGUCCAUCAUCCAGCACCGCAGCCCCCGGGCACCGUGCCCUUUCAAGAGCCGAGCUGCCCUGUGGAGCGACCCAGCGCUCUUCCCGCCCCCUGCGCUGGAGUCAGCAGCAGCAGUAACAGCAGCAGUAGCAGUAACGCAGCCCAUUACCACGACCAGCAAACUCUGCCAGUGGACCUGAGCAACAGCAGUGUUCGGAGCGGUGGAAACAGUGGGGCUAGUUUCCAUGGCAGCACUUCGGCCUUUGACCCGUGCUGCCCAGGCUCCACCUCGCGGCCUCCCGCUUACGUUUCCCAUGCCACCCCUGGGCCCAGCCAGCCAGCUGUGGUGGACUCGUUCGGCUCCUCCAUGGUGGCUCAGCCCCAGCCGCAGACGCAACCGCAGCCCUGCAGACAUUACAUGCACCCAUCUUACGGCUCCCUAACACGUUCACUGCAUCAUCAGCCUUCCUCCGCCUGCCCUCACUCUCAUGGGAACCCACAGCUCACACCUCAGCCCCCUCCGCAAGGCGAGUUCGUCAUUCCCCACACCUUUCAUGCACCGCUGCCAUCCCACCCUUCGGGCCACGCCGUGCCCCCUGCCCCUCCCCCUCCCCUGUCCACCCACCACCUCUCUACUUCAAGUGCCCCACUGGCCCAGCAUCUUCCCACGGACCACCAGACCCUGCCGCACCAUUUGCCGGCGCUGGGGGCUUCGGUGCAGAGGCUCCAUCAGCACGAGAUGCUGCAGAGGAUGGAGGUCCAGAGGCGCAGGAUGAUGCAGCACCCAACACGAGCACACGAGCGCCCGCCGCCCCACCCCCACAGAAUGCACCCCAACUACGGCCACGGACACCACAUCCAUGUGCCACAAACUAUGUCUUCCCAUCCUCGCCAGCCUGAGCAGAGAACAGCAUGGGAGCUCGGCAUCGAGGCUGGAGUAACCGUGGCACCGUACGCUUCGGGGCAUCUGCACUCCCACCUGCCCCACUAUCACCCUCCCCCAAGACUGCACCACUUCCCUAUCCCCUUCAUGCACACUGGCAUAUCUGAAGUGACCUACCCGCACAUUAGGUACAUCUCAUCUAGAAUGACUGGUUUUGGAAGAACCUAUGAGGACCUGCUGCAUUUAGAGGAAAGACUGGGGACUGUGAACCGAGGAGCCUCUCAGGGAACCAUAGAGAGGUGCACUUACCCACACAAGUACAAAAAGAAGGUGUUGGAGAGAGACAUUGACCAACAGUUAACCCCUGAAGCUUGGGCAUCUAUUGGGAAAAAUAUGCACGCAACCCCAGAAUCGAGGAAGCUGCACGGUAAGCAGGACGAGGACGAGGGCGCAGACGAAGACACGGAAGAAAAAUGCACCAUCUGUCUGUCGAUACUGGAGGAGGGGGAGGACGUCAGACGUCUACCAUGUAUGCACCUCUUCCAUCAGCUGUGUGUGGACCAGUGGCUCCUCACCAAUAAGAAGUGCCCCAUCUGCAGAGUGGACAUUGAGGCGCAGUUGUCUGCCGAGAGUUGAUGCUGUUUGUUUUUUUUUUCUUAAUAACAACUUCUUUUGUUGAAGAUUUUAUUUUGAGAUCAUAUUAAUUUUCUCUUCAGUACUGCAGUCAACCAAAGAUGGCAUGAAUUACCUGCGCAGCUCUACUACGAGAAAAUCGAAUAAAUUUAAAAAUAAAAAAAAGAGACAAAACAAAACAAAACAACAAAAAAAAAGCAUCGAGCCUAGAGUGCCAGCUAUCACAUUAUUACUACAACAGCUAGGAUUCUCCAUUAAGGGUUUAAGAUUUUAUUGUAUUUAUAAAAGCUUUUAUGUAGCUUUUGAUUGUUUCCUCAAGUGUCAUUUUCGUUUCUCUGCAUGUUUCCUUGCAAUGCAUUUCUUUGCACAUAUAACGCGGGCUCCAGGCGGCCCGGCGAGUUGCAGGUGAGGAUAGCUGCUCUAGUAAAGACGCAUUUCUGUAAACAACCUAAUGCCUUGCUUUACUAGAAUAGAAUGUCAACCUCCAGUUUUGAGAAAAAACAAAAAAGAUUUUUUAAAAAAAACAACAUUGCAGGAUUCAUUUUACCAAUCAUUGUAUUGAUUAGUUUAUGUUUAGAAGAUGUGGAUUGUUAGUGAAAGAUGUUUUUUUUUUUCUUUUCUUUUUUUUAAAGUCAAGACAUUCCUAACUAGGGAAAUAUGUUAACAGAUCAGCUGCUGUAUUAGUGCACACCCAGUAUUUCUAGAGUGGAAAUAAAACUCCGAUGUUCACCUCACUCCCAGAAUAUGCACAUGCUUUUGCUACACCGUUAACCACCAUCCCAUGUAUUUUAGAGAACAAGAAAAAGAAUGUCACGUCCCUCUUUAUCUCUCUCUCUCUCUCUCUCUCGACUGUUUUUUCUAACCUGAUCGAUUGUCGGCAAACUGCUGUGAAUCUUUUCUUUCUUUUCUCGUCGGGGAGGUUUCCUUCCUUCCUGCGACGCUUAACUCGGUUUCUGUCGGAUGAUCUCAGGUCUACACGUGUCUAAAGUAAUUUCACACAAGCCUGCAACCUGGGAUCAUUUUUUUAUUAUUUUUAUUUUUUGGGGGGGUCAAUCUGACACUGGCAGUGGCGUUGACUUUUCAUUUCCUGUGUGUGUGUUCAGAGGGAAAUACACAGCUCAAUUUGAGAUAAAUAUUUACUGUUCGUUCUCACUCUUGGAAAACCAUUUUAGCCACCCUCCCUUUUUGUCUCUCUGUAGUUGAGCAGCGGCGUCCGUUUAGGCUGCUGCGGACAGAAAAAAAACACUAAUACUGUUGACUAACUCACUCGCAUAGACUUGCACAAGAGAGAAAAAGGUAGGAGAGUAGUAGUGAAUAUGUCAGUGCGCCGAGGCCAUGUAUUUCCACUCUGACGAAUAUUUAAAAAAAAAAAAAAAAUGGAGAAAAAAAAGAAAAACAAAACAAAACAGAUAUUUUGAAUGGAGUGUUGAAAUGCAGUACUUAAAGCAGGUAUCCAUGCAUUCAUUGACUUAAAGGCACCAGGAUCAUAUUCUGUGGGAUUUAUAUUAGUUUUAAAAAAUAAUAUUAAUAAACUUGGAUAACUCUU